AUGACCUACGCAAUUCGUUGCGUCGAUACCAAGAAGAUAUAUCACGCUGAAAUAAGUGAUUGGAUUCCAGUUGAUUCCUCAUGUCGGCAAAGAAACUACACAGCAGCACAAGCUUGGGAAGUUGUCAAUCGAUUCUCUCAAAUAUAUUUUAUUGGUGAUUCUUUUGUGAGAAAAAUGGCAAGAGGUUUUGUUUUGACCUUUAGGUCCGAUCCAACGUAUGGAAUUUUACUGGCACGCUACGAUGAAAAACUGAUAAACUUAUGUGUAAGUUUUAAUCAAUUUUAUUGGACAAAAUGCAGAGCAGAUGGCGGAAAUAUAUUGGAAAUGCUCGUUGACGAAACUUUUUUCUGCGGAAUACAUACACCAUUUAUCAGUGUAAAUGGAUAUUACUAUCACGCAUUUGCAAAUGACUUUUUGAGUUUGGUGGAAAAAUUGGCAGGAAAAGCAGGUUCAGUUUUGCUAGUCGGGCAGGGUUGUCAUAACGGUUGUAAAUCCAAAGUGACGAUUAACAAUUUUCUCGGUCCGGCAAUUAAAUACUUAGAAGAUUACUACAGAGAUUCACAUAAAAAUAACACACAAUUUGGAAAUAACUUCAAAGUGGUGAGGCGAUGGCCACAUAUUAUUUUUAUGUAUCCUGACUCCAAUGGCAUACUAAAACCAAAAGCAUAUCAUGCAGCAAACGGUAUUAUUGUGUGUAAACAGUUUUCUAGUGAAAUGAAAAUAUAUUGCGAUGCUCAUAAUAUUCCUGUACUUGAUUUCUCCAGCCUUACAUCUGGUGUUCACAGCAAUUACGAUGGAGCACAUCACGGUCUAUAG